CCUGAAGAUAUUGAAGGAUAUUGCCGGCCCACAGAGAAAUAGGAGAGGAAAAGUAAGGCCACAAGAGAGGAUAUCCUGGUAUCGGUUUAGAAACAUACAAACACUCCAUCUAUAUCAUGGCGGACGACAACCAGAACCCCAGCCCCCUUUCCUCGGAGGACAUCCAGCACUUCAUGGACCAUGGCUGGGUCAAAUUAUCCAACUGCUUCACACGUGAACAAGCAGCCGAACUCCAAACCACACUCUGGACCAGACUAGAUAUGGAUCCCCAAGACAUGUCCACAUGGCACACAGAACGCACAAACAUGCCCUGGCACCAAAGCUUCCCCGUUUCAACUUUCGCCCCGAAAGCCUGGGGCGCCAUCCUCUCCCUCCUCGGACCCCCCUCCCUAAUCGACCCCUCUGUCUCCGCCUGGCGCGACUCUUUCAUCGUCAACCUCGGCACCCCUGCCGGCCACAACGUCCCCAUCAAACCGCAAUCCCUCUCCGGCUGGCACGUUGACGGCGACUUCUUCGUCCACUACCUCGAUUCCCCCGAGCAAGCCCUCCUCAUCAUCCCGCUGUGGAGCGACAUCGCGCCGGGCGGCGGUGGAACCAUGAUCUGCCCCGCCGCCAUCGACACCGUCGCCAAACACCUCCACGACCACCCCGAGGGCGUCUCCCCGCGCAUGACGCCGCGCGCCGCGAACCCCACUUUCGCAAACGAACCGGGCCUCAAGUGGUUCAAUGAUGUUGCGGCGUCGAUGCCUGACGAUGCGUUUGUUGAAGCGACUGGGGUGGUUGGAGACGUCUAUUUUUUGCACCCGCUGAUGCUACAUUCGGCGAGUAACAACCAGAUUAGGAGUGUAAGGGUUAUCACCAAUCCGCCUGUUAAGAUCAGAGAACCGUUUUGCUUUGACAGGGAGGAUGGGGGGUAUAGUGUUGUCGAGAGGAAGACGUUGAGGGCGUUGGGGAGGGAGAGGUUGGAAGGGUGGAAGAUUGAGGGCGAGAGGGAGGGGAUUGUCCCUGAGAGAGUUAGAGUGCAGGAGGAGAUGAAGAGGAGGGAAAAGGAGAGGUUGGAGAGGGAGAGGGAGGGGAAGGGGAAAGGGGUGAGUGGUGAUGGUGGGAAGGAGGUUGUUUCUGCUGCUUAGAUGGUGGUUGGGCGAGGAUAUACUUUGGUACCGUGAGAUUGUGUUUCCUUUCAGAAUGAUCAUCCAUCUUUUUUCCCUUGUCAUGUUGAAGCGGGUGGGCUCGGCACAUACAUAAACAUAGCGUGUUCUUUUUAUUGUUUUUAGUCGUUGAGUUAGUUGAAUGGUAGGUCUUAGAAAUACACCAUUUUUCCGAUACCCUACUCUGCGAUUCAAACGGGUGUAUAUUCAUUGCUCCACCCAAAACUCUCUCCGCUGCCAUCAAAAAACGUAUUAUUCUUAUAGCACAGACUCAAAAAAAAUCACUGUAUGAGACAGUCUGCCAUAUCGGUCUCGAUGACAGGGUAACCCAUUUGAAUCCAGCACAUAACAACAGCCUGCAAAAGCUAGAAUUCCAUCCAUCGGCGGAAAUGCAAAAUAAUCCACAAGAAACCACAAACAUCAAGAAUAGCGCGUGGAGGACCCACAUCACCCAUCACCACCCAUCAUCCCUCAUCGGUAAAACAAAAAACCCCAUCAAAUCACGACUUCCCCCCACAUUCAAAGUAAGCCUGUGCCACUAUCUAACAUAAGCUAGCCUCUUCACUGCAUGGUGGGGAUCUGACUGCCCCACCCCUCACUGCCCGCCCCAACUAUCGUUUUUUACCAUCUGGAUUCGCGACGCUCAUCCCUCAGCAAUGAUUCUGUGUUGGGAGCUAUAUAAUGUAUCUU